UCCACUCUCUUCUUCCACUCUCAACCAAAAUAAAACCCUAAUUUCUUCUCCAUUUUUCAAAUCUCUCUUUUCUUCUCUGUAAUCUCAUGGAAUUUGUGAAUCUGGAAGAAGCUGCUGCGUUGGAGAAUAUCAAGCUUCAUCUUCUCGGUGAACUCUCUCCGUUGCCGAGGAUUUUGAAUUAUGAUAAUAACCUUUGCGUUUCAUCAUCGGAUCGUUCGGUGAGUUCUGAUUCUUCAUCGACCUCGAAUUGUCUUCUUAACAUCUCUGAUUACUUCAAUUCCGAUGAAAUCUUCGAAUUCUCAUCUGAUUUGAUGCGAACCGAGUCGUCUAUGUCCUCAAACGAGGAUUUCUUCGGAUUUGAGAUGAAACCUAACGUUAUUGACCUAACGACGCCGAAAUCGACGGAAUUACUCGAAUUCGAGACGAAACCUAGAAUUUUUGAGGAUUUCAGUUCGAGGACUAGUUCAUUUGAAGUUGAAUCGAAGAUUAGUCAGGUAGGGAAUUCCAAUCGGAAACGAGCGAAUUUGAAAAUCUCGCUUCCGAACAAGACUACGCAGUGGAUUAAUUUUGAUACGGCGGAGAAGAAGAAUCCGGUUGUGGUACAGAAGAGUAGAGAUGUUGAAGCGGAGAAGAAAGUUCAUUACAGAGGCGUUCGACAAAGACCUUGGGGAAAAUUCGCCGCCGAGAUUAGGGAUCCGAAUCGUCGUGGAUCUAGAGUUUGGCUUGGAACUUUUGAGACGGCAAUCGAAGCGGCGAGAGCGUACGAUCGCGCUGCUUUUAAGCUUCGAGGAUCAAAAGCGAUUCUUAACUUUCCGUUGGAAGCUGCGAGCUCUUACUUGGAACCGGUCGCCGUUGGGAAGCGGCGGCGGGAGGAGGAGGUGGUUGAGGCGGUGGUGGCUAAGAAAGAGAAGACGGCAGAGGAGGUGAAUGUGAAUCCACCCGCUUCUGCGGAUGUUGGUUACCUGAAAGAUAUGCCGUUAACGCCGUCGUCUUGGUCGAUGGUUUGGGACGGUGAAACGAAAGGAGUUUUCAAUAUUCCGCCGUUAUCGCCGUUAUCUCCUCAUCCAGCAUUUGGUUUUCCACAGCUUAUGGUUGUAUGACAUUUGGGGGGAAAAUUCCCCUUUUUUUUUUUCUUUUCAUCUAAAUAAAUAAGAAAUUGUGUUUGUUUGUUUGUUUA